AUGAAUCAACCAAUAAGCAACUGGAGAUCUCCUCAUCAUCAUCAUCACAUUGAGUUCCCAACAUCCCCCGUGGUUCAGGAGGAGGGACAUGAAAUGUUCCAUGCGACUCACCCGCAACACCCCAUCUCCCAGGCUCACUUCACCGACCUCUUCGUCUGCGCCGCCUGCAAAGAGUUCGGCGCAGGCCUCCGAUUCGCUUGCACUCACUGUGACUAUCAGCUUCACCACUUCUGUGCCUUAGCACCUCCUGCUCUUAAGAGACACCCCAUCCACCCAUUUCACAAGAUUAUUUUGUUUUACAAACCUGUUAAAGGUGGAAUAUUGAAAUCUGGGUGCGAUAUCUGUGUCAAGCCAAUCAAAGGAAGCGUUUUCAAAUGCAGUGUAUGCAGAUUCCAGAUGCACCCAUGCUGUGCCAUGUUGUCUACUGAACUAUUCAACAAAUCCGUCCAUCCACACACUCUAAGGCUCUUGCCAAUGCACGCCGACGGCCAGUCAUCGAGUGCGGACUCUGCCGGCUUCGUAUGUGGCGAGUGCCACUGCAGGAGUUCCGGGAGAGUGUACCAUUGCACCAUCUGUGACUAUCAUCUCCAUGCAGUGUGUGCUAAGAACACGGUGAAUGGAGUUCAGGCCAACGGUUUCAAAGGCGUUGAAAAGGUGAGCAAGAUAGGGACUGCGGCUAGGGUUGCUUCUCAAGUGGUGAUGGAAUUUAUUGGAGGGCUGUUUGAAGGGAUUGGAGAAGGGGUUGGAGAGGGCCUGAUUCAGAGUGCUGCUAAAGGAUCAAGGUACCACAUUAGUAGCUCACCUACUUGUGGAUGGUCUGGUAACAAAAGUAGUGGUAUCAAGCGGUUCACCGUUUUGGUUUCAGCAGAGUUACACUAUGUUUUAUGCGGGAAAAGAAGUGAAAAAGGGACUAGAGAAAAUGAUGAACAAUGA